GUUUAUCUGUGACUUGCUCCAUUCAGGCCCUCUCCUGCUGCCAGAAAAGCCCUGCUUCCAGCUGCACAAUCAGUAUUAUCACUAUGAGCUAUUUUUGGCUCCUGAGUACAUCUCAGCAGCGUCAUCCUUCCCACGCCAGCCCUGGUGCAGAGGACACAGAUCUUCCUUCCACUGCCUCGUCCUCGCUGCCGCUCCCGCCCGCUCGUCCCCACUGCACAGGGCUCUCCAGACACCUCCCUGCUCCUCCUCAUCCUCCCAGGCAGGAGGCUUUCCAUCCAAAGCUUCAUGUGGGAGGCUUCAUGUUGCCAUCCAGAGUACAUGUCCCAAAUAUGUCCAGCCUCACUUUCUGACCCUAGUGCCAAAGAGCUGCGGACAGAUGACAGUAGCUAUCCUCCUUCCAUACUGAGAAAAAGGCCACCUGUGGACCAAGCUGUGGGGGAAAAGCGGAGAGCAGAGAGAAGGGUUCGAUUUCGUGAGCCAGAAGAAGUCAUUGAACAUGUCAUUUCCUGCUGUGACUACGUAGUGGCAGAUGACAGGACAUCAUCUGGAUUGCCUGUGCUCCUGUGGCUCUCAUUCUGUGCAGUGCUGAUCCUUGCUGUGAGUCUCUACUACACCAGCAUGAAGCAAGAUGUCAAAGUCCUGGAGGAAUUUCAAUCCCGACUUGUCAUCUUCUUUCUUCAUAUAAGACACGUUGCUCAGAGGUGCUGGACUUGGUUUAUGAGGCAGUAGCAGUGUCCUCCAGCCUGACACUGCUAAGAAACAUCAGUGCAAAGCUCCCAGCCUGCUGCAGCCACAUGCAAGGAGCACAUGAGCAUCCACCUCAAAGAGCAAGAAAAUCACCCCUGCUGUGCACCAUCCAGCAAACACUUGUUCUCUUUUUUCCUUCUUUGCUGUUUUUUUUCCUUCUUCACAUAAAUGAACAUUCAGACUAAUGCCUUGAAGUCCCACCAAACUCAUCCUCUGUCACCCUGAGCAGCAAACAAGCAUCUGGAUUUGGUUACCCAGAGUUUAUAAGUGCUGAUAUGAGGAGCAAAAGCAGAGAGAGAAAUACAUGGAUCUGUGCAGGCAGCAGAAAACUUGGAAGAAAGGUGUUAUGAGUCUCAGGUCAAAGCUUUAGAUACCAAACCAUCUUUCUCCUCAAGUCUCUUAAGAAUUAUUCUGCAAAGGUUAAAAGAAAGCUGAGGUAUUGCACAGGCACUGCUCUGGUGGCCAAAGGUUUGGCAAGCUGCUAUAUCUAUAUACCUGAAAUUAUUAUUAGUAAAAUCCCAGCAAAUGGCUUUCUUGUUUCCCUUCAUGCUUUUUUUUUUCGUCCAUGGGCAAAAGGUGGUUCUUAAUGCUUCACUUGACUCCCAGGUGUGAAAAAGAAUACAGAAACUCAUUUAAACAGAAAAUGGUUUAUUUGCCUAACAUAAUAAAUAGCAGCAAUGAAACCCAGGUUAAUCAUCAAAUCAGUAGUUUAAUCCUCUGGGUUUGAUUCAGUCCAUAAACCCCACAGGCUGACAUGAAAGAUUUAUGAUAGUGCUUGUAUUCAGACAGAGGUUACGCCUGGGUGUUCAAAGCCUUAUAUAUGAUAAUAUGGACUGCUUAUGAAGAUGUUGGAUGCAUAGAUCCUUUAUCACUCCAUUGUCCCACCCACCAUACUAUGCAUUUCUCUGAAAGGAAUCCUUUUAAUGGAGAUCAUGUGAAACAGUGCACUCACUGGGUGCACAAAUGAAACAAUGACUGCAAGUUCAUGAGCUCCAAAGAACCAGCACAACCAGAUUUUAGACCUUAGAUUCUGCUCAACUAUCACCUGAUAUGUGCUUGGGGUUAUUUUAUAUGGUAAGAUUGACAUCAGAACCUGUAAGAGAUGAAGUAAAAGGGAAAAAAGGUGGCGGGGAGAAACACUGCAGAGAAGAUGAAGAGAUGUCUGUGAGACAUUGCCUUAUAUUGCCCUUGCCAUUGCAACCAUCAAAAAGAAAAAAUGGUGCUUUAUUUCUAGUUAUUUUUUUAGAAGAGGGCCAUACAUCUGCCCCAGCAACCUUCUCCCAAGCAGCCCAAGGACUUUAACCAGGAGAGGAUAAAAACAAACACAAAGUGCAACCUUCUCUAAGGAGAAGAGGGGGCAGCAGCUUGAUUGAGAACAAGUCAGAAAAAUUGCAGCCCAAGGCAGAAAGAAGUGCCUCCAGUGGCUGCUCUCAUGCCCCUCUUAAGCUGUCAAAGCCCCAGGAGUGGCAUUGGACACGAGCUGGUCUGGGAAGCAGGGAUUGCUGUGGUCUGGGAAGCAGGGAUUGCUGUGGUCUGGGUAGCAGGGGAUGCUGUGGCCUGGGAGGCAGGAGGUGCUGCAGGAGCAGUGUUUGGCUCAGGGGCUGUGUGCUGAUCACUCAGGUAUCCCAGCUCAGAGGGAAAGCCCCACCACUGUUUCCCUCCCUUCUACCCUGUCUCAACCCUGCUGUUUAGGUAAUAAAGAAGAAAGGUUUUAAACCUGUGUGCUGGUUGAUCUCUGGGGAAAAGGUUUAGAUUGGUACCUGCAUGGGGCAAAGGGGUCAUUUUGACUCCUGUUUGCAUUUUUUGAUGUCUCUAAUCUUAUUAAUGUCCAGGUUGAAACUCUUUGGCAAAUCAGUGGUGUUUCUUUAUGGCUCUGGGCUGACUCCUCUUAGGACUGUGAGGGAAAAUGUGGAGGUGGUGUGAAGGCCAGAUAUGUGCUCACCUUCCUGCACAGCUCCCCAGGAGAUGGACAGAGGACCACCUUUCCACUGAGCCUGCUUUAAAUGGAAAAUGUCCACAUUCCUCUUGUUAGGCCAAAUUUAUUGGUGUGAGUGAGAACUGCUAUCGCAUCUGGGCUGUCAGGGAUAUUUAGCAGAGGAACAGCUAUUUUUGGCUUUUGUGUUGGCUCUGUUUGGGACUGUUUUGGGCAUGGGAAAAGGCAGCACUUGGGUUAUCUUGAGACCACUGUUGAGGUCUCACCAUAGCUUUACAAGGUCUUGCAGGUCAAGAUUGUUUACUGUGGUCAGUCAGAUACUUGUCUCGAAGCCAGUAGGUUUGAAAUAAAUAAAAGCUAAAACCUGUUCUGGCAGAGCAGUGGCUUCUUGUAGGUGAAGCAGCUGAAGCUAAGAAAGCCAUUGCAUGUGGGAGUGAAUGAAGUAGGUCAAUAACAUGACUGGGAAUCGGGGAAAAAAUUCCAUCUCCUGGACCUACAUUUCUUUACUGCUGCACAACUUCACUCUGGACUUAACUGAUUUAUUUCCUUGUCACACUGAAGCUCUUUUUCCAUUCAACCAUCUUGCUUAAGCACACACAAGCCCUUUUCCCUCUCUGCCCCUUCAUUCUUAAACCAUCCCAGCUUUAUGCUCACCACUGUGAGCUGGAUGUGAUUUCUCCUUAUUCAAUGGUUCAAUGAUGUUUUUUCUGGGUGUGACACCUUUAUGAGUAUGGGCCUCUAAAGUUACAUAAAAUCAUCUGUGUGGGAUAA